UCAAAUCAUGAUGGAAAAGUCGACUUUAGAUCAUUGAAAGACACGUUGUUGAUACUGCGUACAGUGGUGGUGAUAUUUACUUAAAUUUUUCACCUGUGAUAUAAUAAAUAAAGUUAACACAUGCGUAUAAAACGGUGUGAUCGAAAUUUCGAAAUUUGGGUUCUGUGACGUUGGGUGAAUUUGUCUUUGGAAAAUUUUAAUUGAAAAAGUGGCUGUACCUAUAAUUCAAAAUUCAAAAUAAAUUCAAUCGUUCUGCUGGUAGUGAUACAAGCCAUGAAUUUUGAGGAAUAUCGUAAACAUGGGAAGGAGAUGGUGGAUUACAUUGCCGAUUAUCUUGAGAAUAUUCGAUCGCGAAAAGUGUAUCCAAUGGUAUCGCCUGGAUAUCUAAGGAAUAUGCUGCCAACAUCUGCACCAAUGGAAGGCGAAGCAUGGGAAAAUAUUUUCAGCGAUGUUGAAAAAUGCAUUAUGCCUGGAGUUACACAUUGGCAAAGUCCACAUAUGCAUGCCUAUUUUCCAGCUUUAAAUUCACCAGCUAGCUUAUUGGGAGAUAUGUUGGCUGAUGCAAUUAAUUGUCUAGGAUUCACAUGGGCAUCAAGUCCAGUGUGCACUGAAUUAGAAACAAUUGUGAUGAAUUGGUUGGGUAAGAUGAUCAAUCUUCCAGAGGAUUUUCUUCAUCAUCCGGAAAGUUCUGGAGGAGGUGUUAUUCAAACAACGGCAAGUGAGGCAACAUUGGUCUCCCUCCUGGCAGCACGAACAAGAAUAAUUAAAGAAAUCCAACAAACUGAACCUCAUCUUUCACCUGCGGAAAUUAAUUCAAAACUCGUGGCUUAUUGUUCGGACCAGGCUCACUCUAGCGUCGAAAAAGCUGGACUUAUAGGAUUAGUACGAAUGAAAUAUAUUGAAAGUGAUGAAAAGCUUAGUAUGAGAGGUCAGCUUCUUAUGGAAACAUUGAAUAAAGAUCGAGAAGAAGGGCUUGUACCUUUCUUUGUAUGUGCUACACUAGGUACAACGGGAGCAUGUUCCUUUGAUAAUCUUGAAGAAAUUGGUCCAGUUUGUAAAAAUAAUGGCGUGUGGUUACACAUUGAUGCUGCAUAUGCUGGCAGUGCUUUUGUGUGUCCAGAGUUUCGAAUUUGGCUAAAAGGAAUAGAAUAUGCGGACUCCUUUGCAUUUAAUCCAAGUAAAUGGUUGAUGGUACAUUUUGAUUGCACAGCCAUGUGGGUAAAAAGUAGUCAAGCUCUUCACAGGACAUUUAACGUUGAUCCUCUUUAUUUAAAACAUGAAAAUUCAGGUCUUGCCAUUGAUUAUAUGCAUUGGCAAAUACCUUUGUCAAAAAGAUUUAGAGCUUUAAAGCUUUGGUUUGUCAUUCGAAAUUAUGGAGUUAACGGAUUGCAAAAGCAUAUACGCGAGGGAGUUAGAUUAGCGCAAAUGUUUGAAAAUUUAGUGAUGAUUGAUUCUCGAUUUGAAAUUCCUGCUGAAAGGCAUUUAGGAAUGGUCAUUUUUCGACUUCGCGGUGAAAACAUUUGGACAGAACGUUUGCUCAAGAAGAUAAAUUCAAAAGGUCAUGUUCAUUGCGUACCAGCUGCUCUUCAUGGCAAAUAUGUUAUAAGAUUCACUGUAACAUCUGCAAACACCACUAAUGAAGAUAUUUAUAAAGAUUGGGAGGAAAUUAAAAGCAACGCUGAUGAAAUAUUGAAUGAAGUUUCUAAAGCACCUCUAAAUGAGACACUUGAAAGGAAUGAAGAUUUUGGUUCUAGUUUAUUAUUAGCGAAUUCACCAAUGUUUCCAAAAAUUGUUGAUGGAAGUUUUGCUGCAAUAUGCAAUGAAUCAGAUAUUUUUAAUGAGUGCUGUAAAAAUAUUGGACAAAUAAAAUUCGAAGAUUAUGAAAAUGAUGCACUGCGUCGUCGAAUCCGUGGAAUGUUAAUGUCUGCAAAACGAUUUUCACUCGAUUCACGAAUGGAUCUUGUUCAAGGGUAUACAUCCUUUUUUAAACCAAGUACAAAUCUUGCUUUGAUGAAAGAAGAUGAAGACAGCAGUAGUGAUAAAAAUAUUACAUAUUAAUAAAUUUAAUAUAAUUCAAAAUCGAAAAAAUGUAAAUUUAAGACGUUAGGUGAAUUGUUAAAUAAUAAAAGAAUAAAAAAGUAUUAAAAUCACACAAAUAGAAUGAUACUUUUAUAGUUGUAGAAUUACUAAUAAAAAUAAAUUAUAUUAUCUAAUUAUGAAAUUAAUUUAUAAAUGUUUACAAUAUUAUCAACAAAAUAAUAGAUUUUAUAAUAUAUAUAAAUUUAUUUCAUUGAAGAUCAUGAUGUCAUGACAGUUUCAUUUCUCAAUUUCACAUUUUGAGUAUUUCAAAUAACAAAGCAAUUGCAAUGUUCACAUACCAUAAUCUCACAUUCACACAACUUACCAUUCAUUUUUUUAAACUAAUGAUUCUUCGAUUUUUAAACUUAGGUCGAUCAUUUAUCUUAUAUAUUAAUUUUUAAAUAUUAUUUUGUGAGAACUACAAUAUUAUAUAUAUAUAGAUAAUGCAAAUUUUUUAUAUUCAUUGAUCAAAAUUUUUUACUAAAACGUAAUUUAUUGUUUUAAAUUAUUAUGCAUUUAUAAUAUUGUUGCCUUUAAAAAAUGUUGACAUGUUGUAUGUAUAAAAAUGAACUGAUGGAUCAUGAGCAUUUCUUAAACAUAAUAUAUAAAUUUCUUCUCAAUAUUAUUAACAAUUUUUAUAUAUAUUAUAAAAGAGCAAUUAAUGUUAAAACAUUUGAUAUAUAUAUAUAAUAUAUAACGCUAAUAGAUAAAAGUGUCAUUUACAACAAUUAGACAUUUAUACCAGUACAAUAUUUCAUAAAUUUUUAUUUGAUCCUACUUUGUCACAUUUGAUCGGUGUAAAAGUGAGUAAAAAAAAAUACAGAGAAACUUAAUUUACAAAUAAAUGAUAAAAAUGCUUUAAUUUUUUUUACAUAUUUGAAAAUCAGGAAAUAAUAUUUUUCAUGAAGUGCAGUCGGAUGAGCUAUAAAAUUAAUGAAAUAAAAUUCAUGGAUUUAUUAAGGUAAUAUUUUUGAAAUUGCAGCAUCAUAAUUCGUACAAAAAGUUUCUCAGAGUAUGAUUUUCAUUUAUUUUGUUAAAAUUGAUUAGAAAAUGAAUUCAAUUUUUAAUGCUCGAUUAUUAAAAACGUGUAAAUUUGUAGGCAGAUUGAAUAAAACAUAUGUUCAUAAGAAAGAAUUUUUUUUUUUUUAUUUAUAAGAUUAAUAUUCUAUUUAUAACGCACUCUGAAGAAAGAUACAUAAAGCAAACAAAUGUUAGAUUACGUUUGUAAAAAUUUUACCUUGAUUAAAAGUAACUUUUUAAUGAUGCAAAAUGAAAAUCAGUUUUUAUUGAAUAUUUUGGAUGUAAAUAAUGGUUUGUAUUAAGAGUUGUUUUCGCUUCAAAAAUUACAAACGUAACCUACAAUUUUUUGCUUUUGAAGUAUACCUUUCUUCAGUGCGCGUCACAUUUGUUGAUUAAAAGUAUGUCAUUUUCUUUUUACUAUCUUCAUUAUUUAUUGAGUAAAGAGUAAAGAGAACAAACAAUAUUUUGUUAUUACUAUUAUUGAGAAAUAAAAUUUAAAAUUUGUCUUUUUCAAAAGGGUUAUGUUACUUUUACUGCUAUUGUGUUUUUUUUCUUCCGUAUGAACAAAGUAAAAUAAAAAAAAGAAAUGCUGGAUAUGUUUGACACAUAUGAAUAUGAUACAUUCAGAAUCCAAAAGUUAAAAGACAACCAUCUUACAGAUUUGGUAAGUAUAUAAUAAUCGUUCAUGGAUAUAAAAAGCGUCUUGCUUGAACACCGAGGGAGAUGUCUGGUAACUGCAUUUUAUUUCCUCACAUGGCACAUGAACUUUCUCGGCUGUGAGG